AUAUUAUUAUUCUUUGUGGGGGAGUGUCAAUAUAGGAAACAAAGAAAAGGGUGCGUGAAUUGCAUCAUUAAUUAUCUAAAUGCUACCGUGCCGAGCAAGACCUAAAGCUGAACUCGCUCAUCUCUAUCUCCUCUCUCCUCCACCUCUUCCUCUUGCUUCUUCCUGAUUUUUGGUAUCGAUCCAUCAAAAAUGGCACCAAGAAAAGAGAAUAUUGUGAUGUUUCCAUUCAUGGCACAAGGCCAUAUCAUCCCUUUCCUUGCUUUAGCCCUUCACAUAGAGCGAACAAGAAACUAUGACAUAACCUUUGUUAACACUUCUCUCAAUGUCAAGAAACUCAAGUAUUCUCUUCCUCCUAACUCUUCCAUUCGUCUUCUUGAAAUUCCCUUCGAUAGCUCUGAUCAUGGCCUCCCUCCUCAUACUGAAAACACCGAUGUCCUUUCUUACCCUCUCAUCAUCCGCCUCCUCCAGGCCUCCACUUCUCUUGAGCCUGCUUUUAGGAAACUCAUUCAGGAUAUUACAUGUGAGCAAGGAGGCCACCCUCCACUUUGUGUUAUUGCUGACAUCUUCUUUGGAUGGACCGCUACUGUUGCUAAAGAUCUUGGCGUGUUUCAUGCGGUCUUUAGUGGUGCAGGUGGAUAUGGCUUGGCCUGUUAUUACUCUGUUUGGCUAAGUCUUCCUCACAGGAAGACGAAAUCGGACGAGUUUGAGCUGCAAGAUUUCAAGGAAGUUUCAAAGCUUCAAGUGACCCAGUUGCCGUUGAGUAUUUUAGAGGCGGAUGGGACUGAUCCUUGGUCUGUUUUCCAAAGAAAGAAUCUACCAGCAUGGAUGGAUUCUAAUGGUAUUUUGUUUAACACGGUGGAGGAGUUUGACCAGAUUGGUUUGUCCUACUUCAGGCGAAAACUAGGCCGGCCGGCUUGGGCAGUAGGGCCAGUUUUGCUAUCAACGGAAAACAGAGCUCGUUCCGGCAUAGAAGCUGGUAUAACGACAGAUCUUUGCAAGGAAUGGCUAGAUACCAAGCCCGAGAAUUCAGUUCUAUACAUAUCAUUUGGAUCGCAUAAUACAAUCGCUUCAUCACAGAUGAUGCAAUUAGCUAUGGCUCUGGAGGCCAGCGGCAAGAAUUUUAUCUGGGUUGUUAGGCCACCGAUAGGAUUUGAUAUAAACUCAGAAUUCAGAAGCAAUGAAUGGUUGCCUGAGGGAUUUGAAGAAAGAAUCAAAGAAUCAGGAAGAGGGUUAUUGGUGCAUAAAUGGGCACCCCAAGUGGAAAUCUUGUCUCAUAAGUCUACAUGUGCAUUUUUGAGUCAUUGCGGAUGGAAUUCUACACUUGAAGCUCUAAACCACGGGGUACCAUUGAUUGGAUGGGCAAUGGCAGCAGAGCAAUUUUUCAAUGUAAAAUUCUUGGAAGAAGAUUUGGGGGUGUGUGUGGAAGUGGCUAGAGGGAAGACUUGUGAGGUUAGGUACCAAGAAGUAAAAGCAAAAAUUGAAUUGGUAAUGAACGAGACAGAGAAAGGCAAGGAAAUAAGGAAAAAAGCUCGUGAGGUCAUGGAAAUGAUAAAAAAUGCCAUGAAAGAUAAAGAUGGUUUGAAGGGUUCCUCUGUGAAAGCGUUGGAUGAUUUUUUCCAAGCUGCAUUGUCAAUGAGAGAGAAGACCCAACAAUAAGGCUAUGGAGGUUUUUUUCCUAUUUUAAUAUCUUUCACCUUUCCUUCCCUUUUCCAUUAGCAUAACAUAUUAAUAAUCAUAUUGCCAUUUGUGAUU